GAUGAUGCUGUGCAGGAAGUACACCCUUUUGAUGUUUUGAAGCGUUCUCGCGCCAUUAUUUACCUCCCACUUGCCCACCAUUAGUAGUACUAGUAGACUAUUCUGCAUCGGGAGACAGCUAACCAUCACGUGCUGCGGCGCGAUAGCAAAGCUAACUCGAUCUGCAGCGGCGCCCGCCCGCUAUAUAAUCAGCGCGCGGCACGGGUGCCUGGAAAUCGGGCAGAAGAGAGUGACUCUCCUAACCUGAGGCAGCUAUGGAGCGAGCAAGUAAUUCUACUACUCCAGAAUCUAGAGAUCGGAGAGGAAUCAUGACUAGCCUACCAUCGCCGAGGCCGGAGCGAGCAAGUAAUUCUACUACUCCAGAAGCUAGAGAUCGGAGAGGAGCCAUGAAUAGCCUGCGAAUACCAUCGCCGAGGCCGGAUAUCUUCAUGCGAGCAGCAUCGCCGAGGCCGGAUAUCUUCAUGCGAGCGUCAUCGCCGAGGCCGGAUAUCGUCAUGGACGCCGCCGCCGACAUGGAAAUAGGCGUGCGCGCGCCGCUCCUUCGCCAGCUCACCUUCCGUCGUUCGUUCAAAAGAAGCAAGAGUCUGGUGCCAAGGAUUGACGAGGAGAACCAAAUUGAAGCGCCGCCACCCGUCGAUGAUGAGAAGGAAAAACCCAGCAGCAAGGCACCAUUUGUAGUCCUAGGUUUCGAGUGCCUGGAGAGCACGGCGUUCAAUGGCAUCUCGACGAACCUGGUGGUGUACCUGGAGACGGUGCUCCGCGGCAGCAACGUGAGCAGCGCGUCCAACGUGACCACGUGGUUCGGCACGAGCUACCUCACCCCGAUCAUCGGGGCCGUCGUCGCCGACAGCUUCUGGGGCAACUACAACACCAUCGUCGUCUCCCUCGUCGUCUACCUCCUCGGGAUGCUCCUGGUCACCUUCUCCGCGUUCCUCCCGGUGGUCGCCUCCCCGCUGUUCAUCAGCACCAAGACGCUGGCCUUCGUGGGGCUCUACCUCGUGGCGCUCGGCAGCGGCGGGAUCCGGUCCUCGCUGCUGCCCUUCGGCGCGGAGCAGUUCGACGACACGAGCGCGGCCGACAGGGAGAACAAGGCGGCAUUCUUCAGCUGGUUCUACCUCUGCGUCGACUUCGGCCCCAUCGUGUCCGGCCUCUUCAUCGUGUGGAUCCAGGAGAACAUCAGCUGGGGCCUGGGAUUCGGGAUCUCCACGGCAUGCAUCGCGCUCGCCUUGGGCGCAUUCCUGCUCGCCACGCCCAUGUACAAGCGCAGCACGCCCACGGGCACGCCGCUCAAGAGCCUGUGCCAGGUGGUCGUGGCCGCCUGCAGGAAGGUCAACCUCAGGAUGCCCUCCGACGCCGGGCUUCUCUACGAGGUCAGCGACAAGGCGGACUUGCAGCCCAGGAUCGCGCACACCAGUGAGUUCAGGUUUCUCGACAGAGCGGCCAUCUUCUCGGAGCUGGAUGACCCGGAACAGAAGCUGGUCGACGCGACGGGGGCGAGCGCGUCCUGGAAGCUCUGCACGGUCACGCAGGUGGAGGAGCUGAAGAUUCUCCUGCGGCUGCUGCCGGUGUGGGCGACCAGCAUCAUCGUCUCCGCGGCCUACUCCCAGAUGAACACCACAUUCAUCCAGCAGGGCAGCGUUAUGGACAUGAACAUCCUGUCCUUCUCCGUGCCGGCCGCGGCGCUGCUCUCGUUCGAGGUGCUCUUCGUGAUCGCGUGGGUGAUCCUCUACGGCAGCGUCAUCGUGCCCGUGCUGAGCGCCUUCUCCGUCGAAGAGCCGUCGCAGCUGCGGAGGAUGGGCGCCGGGCGCGUGCUCAUGGCCAUCUCCAUGUCGCUGGCGGCGCUCGUGGAGAUGAGCCGCCUCAGCAGCGCGGCGCGCGGCGAGGAGAUCACCAUCGCCUGGCAGCUGCCGCAGUACUUCUUCCUGGCCGGCGGGGAGGUCUUCUGCUACAUCGCGCAGCUCGAGUUCUUCUACAACGAGGCGCCGGACGCCAUGAAGAGCACGUGCACGUCGCUGGCCCUGCUCACCAUCGCGCUGGGGAGCUACAUGAGCUCGCUCAUUUACGGAAUCAUCGAGGUGUUCACGGCCACGGCGGACAGCCCUGGCUGGAUCUCCGACGACCUCAACAAGGGCCACCUCGACUACUUCUUCUGGAUCAUGGCCGCCAUUUCCAUGAUCAACUUCUUCGUCUACACCGCGUUUGCAAAGAACUACAAGCUCAAGACGGUCCUGUCGUGAUCUCGUCGCUGUUUGUUUGCUCUGCUUUUUUCUGUCGUCGUUACACGAAGAAUUCCACUGCACCACACAAGCGCUAGUAUUUUGUUUGUACAUAAUACACGAAACACCAAGGCUUCGUUUCGAUGUCGGUAUUGUGAGCUUGGAAUUGAAUUGGGGUAGAACGCCAAAUCAGUUUGUAAUGAAAUGGGCCGUAAUACCAAUUUUGUUGUUGGCUUGCAAAAUAUUGUUUGUCGGGACAAAAGGAAACAGUCAACUGCAAUUUCUUGUUUGGA